CAAGCUUUUCUGUGUUUUCAUCAAAGCAAUUGUCUGCAAUCACACCCUGUAAGCACCAGUGUUAAGGGGAAAGAAGUUACUGGCUGCGGGAGGAGUGCAACUCAGUCAUUAGCAUUCAGAAUCACAGACAUCAGUCUUGAGUCACAGAACAGUGAAUGUGCUCUAAAAGUCUUUGAGUAUUUGAGAUUCUCAGAAUAUGUACUGUUCUUUGUUUUACAGGUUACUUUAGGGGCUGGAGCCAAAGAUGAAUUACAUGUUGUAGAAGCAGAAGCAUUGGACUAUGAAGGCAACCCUAUUAAAGUAGUACUGGCGUCUCUGAAAAUGUCUGUGCAGCCUACAGUUUCACUAGGCGGCUUUGAGAUCACGCCACCAGUCACCUUGAGGUUGAAAUGUGGUUCUGGGCCUGUUUAUGUCAGCGGUCAACAUCUUGUAGCAUUAGAGGAAGAACCAGAAUCAGAGGAUGAGGAGGAAGAUACCAAAAUUGUGAAUGCCUCAGCAAAGAGACCAGCAAGUGGAGGAGGAGCUAAAACACCACAGAAAAAAGCAAAACUAUCAGAAGAUGAUGAAGAUGAUGAUGAAGAUGAUGAUGAGGAGGAUGAUGAUGAGGACGACUUGGAUGAUGAUGAGGAAGAGAUUAAAACACCAAUGAAGAAACCUGUCCGUGAGCCUUCAGGAAAAAAUAUGCAGAAAGCAAAGCAAAAUGGAAAAGACUCCAAGCCGUCCACACCAGCAUCCAAAACAAAAACUCCAGAUUCCAAGAAGGAUAAAUCUCUAACUCCAAAAACACCAAAAGUCCCUCUGUCGUUAGAGGAGAUUAAAGCAAAAAUGCAAGCAUCCAUAGACAAGGGUUCUUCCCUUCCUAAGCUGGAACCCAAAUUCGCCAACUAUGUUAAGAAUUGUUUCAGGACGGAGGACCAGAAGGUCAUUCAAGCUCUCUGGCAGUGGAGACAGACUCUGUAAGAAAAGAAAACAGUUUAAACAGUUCAUUAAAAUCUGCAGUCUUACUUCUGUAACCAUUAUUUGGCUGUCCUUUUUACAAAUGCUGAAAGAGCUUUCCCUACAGUGUCUGAUAAAUGUCAUCCAGAUUACCUUGCCAAGAAUGUGUUGUCCAAAAUGCCUGUUUAGUUUUUAAAGAUGGGACUCCACCCUCAGCUUCAUUUUAAGUAUGUAUGGAAUGUUUUGAUAAGGCAUGGUGGUGGUGGUGGUCAGACAAAUGGAAAUGGUGGGAAGACUAAAUGUACGUGGAAAAAAAAUAAAAUUUAGUAUUUUAAUAAAGUA